AUGCCCGCGGGGAAGGUGGCUGCCAGCCUGGGUGCUGGACCCUGGACCCUGUACCAGGGGAAGGAAGGGGCUGGCCUUCUCUGGACCAGUGUCCCCCCACUAAAGAGUAUCCUUUUGGGGGGUCUUGCCUGCCACAAGGUGGCUCUGGAGGUGCAGGAGUCUCCACGAGAUGUGCUGCAAGGGACAGGGGAGGGCUACUUGUUGUUCUGCCAGGUCCCACCUCCUCAGAGGCCCCAGGCCCUGUCAGGGAUGUCCUCUGGGCCCAGCCUGGUGGUGGUGCCCACCCGAGUGGGACAGGGCUAUGUCUAUGAGGCCUCCCAACCGGAGCAGGACGAGUACGACAUCCCGCGGCACCUGCUGGCCCCAGGGCCCCAGGAUAUCUAUGAUGUGCCCCCUGUUCGGGGACUGCUUCCCAGCCAGUAUGGCCAGGAGGUAUAUGACACGCCCCCCAUGGCUGUCAAGGGUCCCAAUGGCCGAGACCCGUUGUUGGAUGUGUAUGAUGUGCCCCCCAGCGUGGAGAAGGGCCUGCCACCAUCCACCCACCAUGCGUGUUUGCAGUUAGUUACGCGGUUACAUGAAUUAACGUGUAGUCCUCACAACAAACUUGUGAGGAAAUUCUCCCACCCCUCACCCCCCAAGUUCACCUCCCAGGACUCACCGGACGGGCAGUACGAGAACAGUGAGGGGGGCUGGAUGGAGGAUUAUGACUACGUCCACCUGCAGGGGAAGGAAGAGUUUGAGAAGACCCAGAAGGAGCUGCUGGAAAAGGGCAACAUCACGCGGCAGGGGAAGGGACAGCUGGAGCUGCAGCAGCUGAAGCAGUUUGAGCGACUGGAGCAGGAGGUGUCGCGGCCCAUCGACCACGACCUGGCAAACUGGUCACAGGCCCAGUCCCUGACCCCGGGGCGAACAGGCAGCCUGGGGCCCUCAGACCGGCAGCUGCUGCUCUUCUACCUGGAGCAGUGCGAGGCCAACCUGACGACGCUGACCAACGCGGUGGACGCCUUCUUCACUGCUGUGGCCACCAACCAGCCGCCCAAGAUCUUUGUGGCACACAGCAAGUUCGUCAUCCUCAGCGCCCACAAGCUGGUGUUCAUUGGGGACACACUGUCACGGCAGGCCAAGGCAGCAGACGUGCGCAGCCAAGUGACCCACUACAGCAACCUGCUGUGCGACCUCCUGCGUGGCAUCGUGGCCACCACCAAGGCUGCUGCCCUGCAGUACCCAUCACCCUCUGCUGCCCAGGACAUGGUAGACAGGGUCAAGGAACUGGGCCACAGCACUCAGCAGUUCCGCCGGGUCCUAGGCCAGCUGGCAGCUGCCUGAGGGCAAAUGACCUGAAGGAUGGAGGCAGGGGGGAGGGGGUGGCCACAGUCCAGCUGCCCCUGGUGUCUGUCUUGAGAGUCCACAUGCUGCAGGCAUGGGGACAGGAAGCCCCAGCUCUGCCUAGGGCCUGGUGCCCCAGACUGUCCAGGGAUUUGUACAUAUUUAUGGCAGGCAGGGCAGGAUGUGAGACAGUGCUGCCUCAGAGGAGCCAAAACUGAGGAGCCACCUGGUGGUCUUCCCUGAGUGCACUGUGGGCCCAGGGAGGGUCACCACACUGGGGGUGGAGCCACAUAGGCCCCUCAACCCCCACGGCCUUGUGGGACCUCUUGGGCUGACCCCAGCCCCAUGAAGGUGCCCUGUCCCCACGACAGGGCAAAUGUAGCUGUGGUGUUCCUUCUCUACACCAGGAGAAAACCCUAAAAACCUAUUUUUCAUUAUUGAUUUUCCAAUCAUUUGACUAAUAGUCUACAUUUAAAUAAAAUUUUUAAAAUGAAAAGCA